AUGGCUACUAUAACAUGCUCUGCAGCAGCCGCCCCAGCAGCAGCCGCCCCUGGAGCAGCCGCCGCUGCAGCAGCCGCCCCUGGAGCCGCCGCCGCUGCAGCAGCCGCUCCUGGAGCCGCCGCCCCUGGAGCAGCCGCCCCAGCAGCAGCAGCCCCUGGAGCAGCCGCCCCAGCAGAAACAGCCCCUGGAGCAGCCGCCCCAGCAGCAGCAGCCCCUGGAGCAGCCGCCUCAGCAGAAGCAGCCCCUAGAGCCGCCGCCACUGCAGCAGCCGCCCCAGAAGCAGCAGCCCCUAGAGCAGCAGCCCCUGGAGUAGCCGCCACUGAAGCAGCAGCCCCUGGAGCAGCCGCCCCAACAACAGCAGCCCCUGGAGCAGCCGCCCCAGCAGCAGCAGCCCCUGGAGCAGCCGCCUCAGCAGCAGCAGCCCCUCGAGCAGCCGCCCCAGCAGCAGCAGCCCCUGGAGCAGCCACCCCAGCAGCAGCAGCACCUAGAGCAGCCGCCCCAGCAGCAGCCCCUGGAGCAGCCGCCCCAACAGCAGCAGCCCCUGGAGCGACCGCCGCUGCAGCAGCCGCCCCUGGCCCCUGCAGCAGCCACUCCUGGACCCGCUCUCGCUGA